AACACUGAUUCUUCCACUCAAGUUCACCAUAAACCAAAUAGUUUAUUGAACAAUAAUGGACUAUUAUUUUAAAAUAAAAAUCAUACUAUUAAAGUCCAUGAUCAAUGGAAGCAGAAGAAGCCUUGAGUUGCAGUUACAUUGGCUAGCUAAUUGCACGUUAUUUUUACACUAUCAUCAUUUUUGCUGAUUGUAAAUAUGAUUACUGUUUUCUGAAUUUCACGUUAUUUUUACACUAUCAUCAUUUUUGUGUGUUUACUGCUUAUGCUGUUUUUGGUUUGCAGAAGAAAGAGAUUUAUUGAAAUGGCAAAUCACGAAGGACAAGUCUCUAGUGGAAGUAGCGAUGUGAGAUCAGGGAAUAUGAUUUUUGAGCCUAUUUUGGAUGAUGGAGUGUUUCGAUUUGAUUGUUCUGCAGAUGAUAGAGAUGCAGCAUAUCCUAGUAUUUCUUUUCUGAAUAGCAAAGAUAGAGACACUCCCAUCACUAGUAAAACUCACAAGCUUCCCUCGUAUAUCCCUACCUUUGAGUGCCUUCUUGAGCAGCAAGUUGUCCAACUCGAGCUACCUAUAGGUACCUCCCUCUAUGGAACUGGAGAAGUUGGUGGACAACUUGAGAGAACAGGCAAAAGAGUUUUCACAUGGAACACUGACGCAUGGGGUUAUGGUCCUGACACUGCAUCCUUAUACCAAUCACAUCCAUGGGUGUUAGCUGUUCUUCCAAAUGGAGAGGCCCUAGGAAUUCUUGCUGACACUACAAGGCGCUGUGAGAUCGAUCUGAGGAAAGAAUCAAUAGUACGUUUCAUUGCUCCAUCCUCAUACCCUGUCAUUACAUUUGGUCCUUUUGCUUCACCUACGGAUGUUUUGAUAUCUCUAUCAAAAGCAAUUGGAACUGUAUUUAUGCCUCCAAAGUGGUCACUAGGUUAUCAACAAUGCCGUUGGAGCUAUUUAUCUGAUCAGAGAGUUCUGGAGGUUGCAAAAACAUUUCGGGAAAAGAGCAUACCUUGUGAUGUGAUAUGGCACGAUAUCGAUUACAUGGAUGGUUUUCGUUGUUUUACCUUUGACAAGGAGCGCUUUAAGGAUCCUAAGUCUUUAGUGAAAGAUCUCCAUUAUAGUGGUUUCAAAGCUAUUUGGAUGCUUGAUCCAGGGAUCAAGCAGGAAAGAGGUUAUUUUGUAUAUGACAGUGGUUCUGAAAAUGAUGUUUGGGUCCAAAAGGCUGAUGGAACACCUUUUGUUGGGGACGUGUGGCCCGGGCCUUGUGUGUUCCCUGACUAUACACAGUCAAACGUUCGUGCAUGGUGGGGAAAUUUAGUUAAGGACUUUGUUUCCAAUGGUGUUGAUGGUAUAUGGAAUGAUAUGAACGAACCAGCUGUCUCCGAGGUUGCAAUGAACACAAUGCCUGGGAGCAAUGUUCAUAGAGGUGAUGGUGAACUUGGAGGCUGUCAGAAUCAUUCUUUCUAUCAUAAUGUGUAUGGUCUGCUGAUGGCAAGAUCAACCUAUGAAGGCAUGAAACUAGCUAGUGAAAACAAACGUCCUUUUGUUCUCACCAGAGCUGGAUUUAUUGGCAGCCAAAGGUAUGCUGCAACAUGGACUGGAGAUAAUCUUUCAACCUGGGAGCAUCUUCAUAUGAGUAUCUCCAUGGUACUGCAACUGGGACUCAGUGGUCAGCCACUUUCAGGUCCUGAUAUUGGUGGAUUUGCUGGCAACGCAACACCGAGGCUUUUUGGAAGGUGGAUGGGUGUAGGUUCCUUGUUUCCCUUUUGCCGUGGACAUUCUGAAGCUGGAUCCACUGACCAUGAACCCUGGUCCUUUGGGGAAGAGUGUGAAGAAGUUUGCCGAUUGGCAUUGAAGAGGCGCUACCGCCUUAUCCCCCUAAUCUACACACUUUUUUAUUUUGCACAUACGAGGGGCACUCCAGUGGCAACUCCUACUUUCUUUGCUGAUACAAAAGAUCCUAGCUUGAGGAAACUUGAAAAUUCAUUUUUGCUCGGUCCAGUUUUAGUGUAUGCAAGCACCAUACGCAAUCAAGGGUUGGACAAAUUGGAGGUUGCUCUACCAAAGGGGAUAUGGUUGGGUUUUGAUUUCAGUGAUGCACAUCCGGAUUUGCCUGCAUUAUAUUUGAAAGGGGGAUCAAUUAUUCCUGUGGGCCUCCCUCUUCAGCAUGUUGGAGAAGCUUCUCCAUCAGACGAAUUAACACUUCUCGUUGCUUUAGAUGAAUAUGGUAAAGCUGAAGGUUUUCUAUUUGAGGAUGAUGGUGAUGGAUAUGAAUUCACUAAAGGAAAUUAUUUAUUAACACAUUAUGUGGCUGAACUUCAUUCAUCGGUUGUUACUGUGAGUGUGCACAAAACUGAAGGAUCAUGGAAAAGACCUACACGCCGCCUCCACAUUCAAUUAUUAUUAGGUGGGGGUGCAACGCUUGAUACAUGGGGAGUGGAUGGGGAAGUUCUGCAUAUAAAUUUUCCUUCAGAGGAGGAGACAUCGAAGCUGGUAUUGGCUAGUGAGAAGCAAUACAAGGAACGUUUGGAAAAAGCAAUUCAAAUUCCUGAUGUAGAAGACAGAGAUUCGGGAACUCCUAUUGAACUGAAAAGUAGUGAGUGGCUUCUUCAAGUUGUUCCCUGGAUUGGGGGUAGAAUCAUCUCCAUGACGCACUUUCCUUCAGGAAUACAAUGGCUCCAUAGAAAGAUUGAAAUCAGUGGAUACGAGGAGUACAGUGGUAUAGAGUAUCGUUCUGCUGGGUGUUCUGAGGAAUAUUCCAUAAUCAAUCGAGAACUUGAGCAUGAUGGAGAGGAGGAAUCUGUGGUAUUGGAGGGUGAUAUUGGUGGACGAUUGGUUCUUCAACGGCAUAUAUAUUUCCCAAAGAACGCUGCCAACAUCAUCCAAAUAAACUCUAGCAUAAUAGCACGCAGCGUCAGAGCUGGUUCCGAAGGGUUCUCGAGGUUGGCCUGCUUAAGAAUUCACCCAACAUUCAAUCUUUUGCACCCAUCAGAAUCUUUUGUCUCGUUUACUUCAAUCGAUGGAUCGAAGCACGAAGUCUUCCCAGAUGAUAGGGAGCAAAUCUUCGAAGGACACCAUAUUCCCAAUGGUGAGUGGAGGUUUGUUGAUAAAUGUCUUGGCUUGGCACUGGUCAAUCGAUUUAAUGUUAACGAGGUAUUGAAGUGUCUUGUUCACUGGGACUCUGGCACUGUCAACCUGGAGCUUUGGUCCGAGAACAGAUCUGUCUCAGAUCAAUCUCCUAUUCAAAUUUCUCAUCAGUAUGAGGUUAUACGAAUUCCUUGAUCUUUUAUUUGGAUACCACCAGACAAGGUGUCAAACUGUUUUAAAUGGCCGAAUAGUGCUAGAACAAAUUAUGUAUAUAAAAUUAUGUAUCUAAAUACAAGCAUUAUUUCGUUCUCCAUUAAGUGUAAUGUGUGUUUGGUUGGACUUUGAUCAUUAAAUAAAAUGGAUGGAGUUAAUGGAAGAGGAAUGAUAGUAACAUAUUUGAACUUAAAAGUCUAUUAGAGUUUGGGUUAAAAAAUAGAGAAAAUCUCAAUCCACCCCUUAAUUUCUUAGCCACCCACAAAAUUUCAUUUAUGUUCCCUACUUUCGUAGAUGUAUUUUCGAAAACACUUUUUUUUUUAAAAAAUUUGAUUUUUUCCGUAGGUACAGAAGCGUUAAAACAUAGUAAAACUUAGGAAGAUCCCAAAUUAAAUGAAAUAUUCCGUAGCUACGAGUGUGUUUGUUUGGGUGCUAGAAAAAAGAUUCCUAGGAAUCUAAGAUAGGAAAUAAUUAUUCCUAUGUUUGGUAGAUGGGAAGGGGAAAAAAUACCUUGGAAUAAAUAAUACACAGGAAACCAUUUAACCCACGUUCUAUCUAAUUUUAUUCCCAUGGAACUAAGCUGGGAAUAAUAUAUUCCUGGGAAUGUAAACCCACGUUCUCAUAGGAAGAAGUCACAAAUAUCCCUAAUUUACCCGCGCAUUAUUCCCUCUAAAAUUUACCCAUUUUCUAUAAAACCUAUAACCCACACAUUCCUUUUCACUUUUCUCAGCUUCUUUUUGUUUCUCCACAAGUUACAACAAUGGUAAGUUAUCUUUUACUUUGAAUCUAUAUUUUUUUUUUAGAAUCAAGCUAAUACAUGGAUCUUUUUUUUCCUGAAGACUUUGAUUUUGAUUUAAGGAAUCACAAAUUCAUCUAUCUUUCAGUGAGUUUGCUUAGAGUUUGAUUUCUUUUAACAGGUAUUAAUUUUCCUAUUUCAAUGACUAUUUUUAUUUACAUGUGUUUCAUUAUCAUAUAUGGUUUUUUGAAUAUCGUCAUUUAACGUACAUGAUUGUGUGUCGAACACCGUCAUUGCGUUAUGAACAUUGUUAUGUGUAUAACACAGUGGCAUUUCCAACAUAAUCGCCGUGUAAAAACACCGCUUUGGCAUAUUGAACAUUGUGUGUUGUAGAACAUUGCUGCUACGUAUUGAACUUGAUUGUGUAUCGAACACCGUCACCAUGUUAUGAACCUUGUUAUGUUCUGGGCACCAUUGUGUAUCCAACAUACUCACCGUGUAGAACACCGUUUUUACGUAUUGAACAUUGCGGGGUGUAGAUUGCAGCUCCCAUGUAUCGAACAUGAUUAUGUUUCGAACAAUGUCAUUGCAUUAUGAAUGUUGUUAUGUGUAGAAAACUCUUGUUUAUCCAACAUGAGCACCGUGUAGAAUGUUGUGUUUGCAUAUUGAAAACUCUCGUGUAUCAUAAUCACCAUUUU